AUGCAAGAUUCUUCGUCUUAUGUGAGAAGAUAUUCUCAAGUUCCUUCAUCAUCAGGUAUUCGAAAUUCGACAUUCGCCGAUAAUGGACUGGUGAGUGGACGAACGAGUUUAGCACCUCAGCGUACACUUCUUCCAAUCCGUCCUUCUAUGGACGUGGAUGGAAUGACAAUGUCUUCUGCGCGGCUUGCGACACCUUCUAUGAGACCCAGCUUGGCACCAGGGGUACGCAGGUCUAGCAUAAUGAAUCGAAGGAUGUCAAGUGCAUCUUUUAUGGGCCAAGCUACAUCUGCUUCGAGUAUGAAGGAUCCCCGUCCAUUGACAGAUAAACGAUAUCAGCAAGAGUGUGCUGCUUAUGUAGUUAAUUUUCUGUUAGAGUGCGGUUAUCCACAGCCAUUGACUCCCAAUAACAGGUUUCUACCUACUACAAAGGAAUUUGCUUCUAUAUUCAAAUUCUUAUACAAUAAGAUGGACCCAAGGUUUCGGUUUGGAGCUCGUUAUGAAGAAGACGUUAUAAACUGCUUAAAGAAUUUGCGAUAUCCUUUCAUAGAGUCAAUAUCUCGAUCCCGUUUGGUAGCUAUAGGAACUCCUCAUAGCUGGCCUGCCAUUUUAGGGAUGUUGCAUUGGCUUGUAUGCUUGAUCCAGUGUACCGAGCAGGCUGUUGAUAUGGCUUAUUUCGUAGAAAACGAUACAUUGAAUGAUCACUUCGUCAACAAGACACUAUUUGACUACCUUGUUCGAAAGUACCAUUUAUUUUUACAGGCUUCUAUGGAUGAAGAACCGGAACAAGAAUUAAAGGCAUCGUUUGAGGAGCAAAAUAAGGAAAUUAAUGCUAAAAUUCAGUUGCUACAACAUGAAAAUGAUGAAUUACUAAAGCAAAAGCAAGCAGCAGGUGAUUUGGACUCUACCAUCGAGCUUUUAGAAGAAAGAUUCAAAACAAUGCAACGGGAUGAAGUUAAACUCCAAUCAUUUAUGUCCUCAAUUCAAUCAAGAAUGGAGUCGAAGACUACUUUAAAGAAGCAAAUUCAGCUGAGUCUUACCGAAAAAGAAACACAGUUACAUGAACUGAAUGAGAGGAAGAAAUCCUUAAAAUCGAGAGUCGAUAUGCAAUCCAUAUCAACAGCUGAAUAUCAAAAAAUGAUGUCUGAGCAAGAACAAUUGGAUCGAAACAUAAAUUUCAUUGGCAAUAAGAUAACCGAGCUAAGAAAAGAGGUUUUUGACAAAGAUCUUUUAGUGCAGUCGAAAAUUGAUACCAUUGAAAAGGAAUCUCAAACAUAUAGUAAUUUGGCUUAUCGAAUUGGGAUUAUUCCUUCAACUGCUCCUCGUGCAAGAAACGGUAAUUUCGAAUUAAUCUUAGACCCAGAUACUGGUUCCAUAAAUCUUGAUUUAAAGAAUAAUGUACGACCAUUUUUGAAUCAAGUUCGUCACUCUAUAACUAUGGAAUUUCAUGAGGAACAAAACAAGUCUCUAAAAAUCCAAGAAGUACUUGAUGCAUUAAAUGACGCCGUCGCAGAAUUACAAGAUGAGCUGAACACUAUUGAGUCCCGUUUAAAUACAGUAAUCAAAGAAUGUACUAUGUUGCGUGAGUCAGCAAACCAAGAGAAGACAUCACUAAAUGCGGAAUCUCAGAAAUUAGAGCAUGAUUUACAGCAACUUAAACUUUCUUCACAUAACAGCAUGCUGCAACUGGAUCAGCGGAUCCAAACCAUUACUAUUGAGGCAGAUCAACUGGCUCAUGCAUGCAUGGAGUAUAAAAAUAACAUUUACAAGGAGGUUGCUUAUAUGCUCAGUGAAAUAAUACAGUUUAAGUUGUAUAUUCAAGAUAGCCUAGAGGGACUGGAAACGGACUAUAUGAAAGAAGUUGAGGAACUUCGGUCAAAAAUUGUUUAG